AGUUCAAUCGUUCAUCGGUCGUCAAUCGACACGAAAGUGCAAUAAAUUUGUGUUGAAAAGUCAUUUGAUGACUCAAAUUCGUGAAUAAUUGAACUAAAUUCGAUUAUUUCUGACUUUUUUCUAUUUUUCUUUGACAGAAAUUGAUAAAAACAACGCAGAUAAGAUAAACAACCACUGAAAAAAAAUCAAUUAGUGUUCAAGGCAGCGUAUUCAAAGUGAUUUAAAUUUAAUUAUCACCAAUGCACGGCAUUUAAAGACGAGCCAUGGCGAUGAACGAUAAAGAUUAUUAUCAUCUAACAAUAAGCAUACAAAAAGCUGUCAACGGUAGCGAACAACCGAUAAAACCGAAGCAUAUUCGUGCCGCGAUCAUCGGAACGUAUCAAAGUAAGGGCGGACAAGCGUUUUGGGCGAUCGCUAUUCGACAACCGUUGCAGGAAAAUCGUUUGACAGCAUGGAAAUUCUGUCAUUUGCUGCACAAAGUGUUGCGCGAAGGACAUCCGCUCGUGAAUCAGCACUCGAUGCGACACAGACACAUGCUCACUGAAGCCGGCAAGUUAUGGGGACACCUGAAUGACGGUUAUGGCAUCUGCAUUAAGCAUUAUACCAAAUUGAUUGUUACCAAAUUGACGUUUCACGAUCGGAAUCCGGCGUUUCCGGGGCAUUUGCAGCUCAAACGGGGGGAACUCGAACGGAUUGGCGGGGGAGAUAAUAAUUUUUAUUUUGACAUCAUCACAGAGAUGUUUGAUUACUUGGAUGACAUUGUAGCUCUUCAGGCAACGAUUUUCGAUUCCAUCACAAAAGGACGCGUUAAUUCCAUGACACCGCCCGGGCAAUGUCGACUUGCGCCUCUCAUCCCCUUAAUUCAGGACUCCAACCCGCUGUACGAUCAUUGCGUUCGCAUCAUGUUCCGUCUCCAUAACAAUUUACCAGCAGACCUUCUUACGGGACAUCGCGAUCGUUUUCGCACGCUUUUCCAUCAACUCAAGUCGUUUUACAGCCAAACACGUGUCCUUCAGUAUUUCGAGAAUUUAAUUACUGUACCAAAGUUACCUGAGAACCCGCCAAACUUUUUGAUGCAAAGCGAUUUUGGCAAUUACACGGCGCCCGUCGUUGUCAUGCCCGACGAAUCGCCCGUCGUCGAAGAUCUUGUCGACACAAACUUUGUGGCGCCCGUUUCACAUUCCCCUCCGCCUGCGCAACAACCUGAACUUCCGCCGAGACCAACGCCGCCCGCAAGUGCAACGCCAUCGAUCGACUUUGAGAAAUUAAUUCAGGAGCGGGAUAAUUUAAUUCAACAUUUGCAGAUGGAACUCGAGCGGAAAACGAAAUUCAUUCAAAAGGCAUCACACGAGCAACGAGAACAACAGUUGAAAAUCGAAGAACACAUCGCGAACUUGGCAUCGGAAUUGUCUCAGGCAAAGGAAGAAAUGACAAAUAUGCGAAUUGAAAAGCAGGAACUUGAGUUGCGGGCACAAACUGCCCCUACACUUGAACAAAAAGCUCAUGAAGAAGAAGAACGUGCCAAAGCAACAGAAGAAAAAUUCCAGAAAUUGAAAACCAUGUAUACGCAAAUCCGUGACGAGCAUGUUAAACUUUUACGUCAACACAAGCAACUAGCGAACGAAGUAAAGCACGGAGAAGUAUCCAAAAAACUCGCUGCAACAUCAAAACAAAUGACCGAAGCAGAUCAAUCGAAGGAAGAAAUGCGAUGUCAAUUGGAAGAACUGAAACAUUCCCAAACCCGCGCUGAAGAAAAACUCCAACAGAGUUCCGCCAUCACGGAAGAAAUUGAAAAAUUAAAGGCAGAAAAUGAAAUUUUACGCAAUAAAACGGAGGAAUUAGAAGCCGCAAGAUCUGCUGAAGUAGCAGAACUCAAAAUCAGCUUGGAUCAGUUGCGCGAAGAAAAGGAUUCGAUUUUCAAUAAAUAUCAGGAAUCGCUUUGUUCGAUCAUGGAAAAAGAUGAUAUCUUGAGUGAGCAUGAAAGACUAAAAAUGGAACAUUCUGAACUUCAAACCAAAUUCGAAAAAGAAAUUUCUGAUCGUGAAAAGUCUCAAAAUGAGUUAAAUGAACAAUUAACUCAAGAAAUUGCCCAAAAAGAAGCCCUUCAGACAGAAUUCGAACAAAAAAUUAUCGAAAUAACGCGAGAAAAGGAAAAAUUAGAGGCACUUCAUAACGAAAAUCAAUCUGAAAUUGAUCUUUUAGCGUCCCAAUUGAAGGAAAAAACGGCAUGUUUGAUCGAUUUAGAGACGACUUCAACGAAUGACAUUCAAGGAAAAGCUGCAGAAGUCGAAGAGUUGAAGAAAAAAAUUGAAGAAUUGGAAAAAGAGAAGGAGAAUCUAUCGACGACGUGCGAUCGUCUUUCCAAUGACAAAGCCACACUCGAACUCGACUUGCAAGACCUUUUGCAUCAACAAGAGCAGUUAGAAGAAAAGUUAAAUUUGAGUAUCGAUACAAACAAAACACUUGAAAAUGUUCUGCAGGACACGCGCAUCAAGGGAGACGCCGCCUUACGAGCUUUGUUGGAGACUUGCGUGAAGGAAUCCGAAAAAAUUGCCAUGAGAUCGAUCAAUGACAACGAAAUGUCGCGUGCUGGCGGCACUCCGAGCUAUUUCCUGAUGAUCGCGGAAGAAGUUCAAGAUGUUCUGACGAAACUUUCGCUCGUUCAUAACAACUAUCAAGCCGAUUCGAGUGCAAAUGUCGAAGCAUUAGCGCGAAAAAUCAUCCUCGGAGGACAUUUAUUGGCAUCAGCGCAUGUUCAGGGCAUGGCAAUUUGCGCCAGUUCGGCUGACAUUGAAUGCGGCAUCGCUGAAGAGAUCAAAGACCUUGACAAAGGCAUCACGAACCUCUUUAAAUCACUCCAUACGUUAAGCGAAGCAAGUAACGUUCCCUCCCAAAUCACCGAAGUCAAGGAAAAACUCGAAAAAGUCACAAACAUGAUCGGAGAUUUAAGCAAAAAGACAGACUCGACGGAGCUUUUGGCGGAAAUGGUCGAAUCAGAGUUAGCGGGCAUGGAUAAAGCCAUUGAGGAAGCAGCUUCACGCAUCGCCGAUAUGUUGUCGCAAUCAAGAGCUUCAGAUUCAGGCAUCAAAUUAGAAGUCAAUGAGAAAAUCUUGGAUGCUUGUACCAGUUUGAUGCAAUGUAUUCGAAUUCUCGUGCAAAAAUCACGGAUUUUACAAGAAGAAAUUAUUUCUUUGGGCAAAGGAACGCAAUCCGCGAAGGAAUUUUACAAGAGAAAUCAUCAAUGGACCGAAGGACUUAUCUCUGCUGCCAAAAGUGUCGCACAGGGAGCGAAUUUCCUUGUCACUGCCGCCAACAAAACUGUCACGGGCGAGGUAAAAAAUCACUUCGAUCUUGUAGUUGCUGCGCAGGAAAUUGCCGCGUCAACAGCUCAGCUCGUCGUUGCAAGUCGCGUAAAGGCGCAACGUCAAAGCCCAAACCUAACAGCACUUGGACAAGCAUCGAAAAAUGUCACGCAAGCCACGGGAGGAGUAGUUGCCGUUGCUAAAGACUGCACCGCACGUCUCGAGGAGCAACAAGACGACUUAACGGGACUCACUUUGCAUCAGGCGAAGACGCGAGAGAUGGAAGUUCAAGUAAAAGUGUUGGAAUUGGAACAAGCUCUCAACAUGGAACGAUUGAAACUUGCAGCGCUCCGCAGGAAAAAUUACCAAGCGAACGGCGACGAUCACUAACUCACUGUUUAUACCUAAUUUUGUAGUUGGAUACAAAGAAUCAAUGUGUGUGUCUUAUAUAACUUUCAUAUUAUUUCCAUUUAUAAUCAACGACAACUAAAUUCCAUGCGAAAUUGUAUUAUUCAUAUAUAUAUUUUUAUGAAAAGGAACUUUAUUAUUAUAAAAUCGCUUGAAAAAGCGAGAAAUUUACCAUAAACGUUAGAAAAAAUGUUGAAAAUUUACCUAAAAAUAAAGAAUU